AUGAGAGAACCGACGGAACCAUCAAUUGAAGCGAGUGGACCGGAAACGAUAUCAAGUACGGAGGAAGCCUGUUGCCUUCUUGACAGCCUACACCUGCACAUCUACCAUCUUCUGGAGGACCAGGCGGCCCAGAAUCACCAGCUCAGUAGGGAGACAUCGAAGGCCCGCCUGAUCCUGGCCAGAGUUCGCCUGCAGGAGGGCAACCAGCGCACGUCAGCCGAGGCCCAGCUGCCCCGAUAUCGGCCAUUCAAGGCCCUGUGUCGGCUGGUCGAGGAAGCUGGGCCCUGGGGCACCAUCAUCAAGCUAAUUCGAUCGGCAGUCGAGCCCAAUCGGGGUUAUUUCCAGCCGGUGACGUUUAUCUUCGGCGCCUUAGUUCCGUCCAGCCUGCGAGUGGCGAGUCGAAAAUGGGAGCACUGUGUGGAUCAGAUCGUGGACUGUGCCAACACCCAGAGAGAACUGCAAGCGACUAUGGUCUCCAUAAGGCAACUGAGAAGGUCUGUCUCGCUCCAAGGUGUACACAAAUGA